AGUGUAGCCCCAGCAGUGCCACCUAUCAGUGUAGCCCCAGCAGUGCCUCGUGUCAGUGCUCAUCAGUGCCACAUCAAUGCCACAUAUCAGUGCCUACCAAUGCACAUCAAAACCACAUAUCAGUGCCCAUCUGAGCUGCCUUUCAGUGUCACCCAUCAGUGCCACCUAUCAGUGCCACCUAUCAGUGCCAUCAGUGCCACGUAUCAGUGUCCAUCAGUGCAGGGGCCUAUCAGUGCCUAUCACUGCAGCCUCAUUAGCGCACAUCAGUGAAGGCGAAAAAUCACUUAUUUACAAAAUUUUAUAACAAAAACUAAGAAAAAACAUUUUUUAAAAAAAAAACAUUCUGUGGUUUUUGGUUUAAGAAAAAAUUUAAAUCCCAGAGGUGAUUAA